AUCACAGUAUAAAUUACAUGGUUCUAUAAAUUUGAACCUCCACCACAGGACCGAGGUGACGUGAGAAGUUUGUAAACACCAGUGAGCCAAUGCAAGGAAAUCUGUUUCUACUAUUACUAUUUCAGGCCAGCUGCAUUAUUGCAAAAUGAAAUCUCAUAAUAGCAAGUCUACAAGUGGAUUUACAGUAUCAGUUACAGAGAAACGUUGUACAGGCCAACAAUCAACGUUAGGUAAUACGAAAAAGACAGCCAACAAGCAGAAAAGAGGUUUGAUAAUGGAUAAUGAAGACAAGAGUCAACAAAAAGUGUGUAUGAUUUCAGGAGAAGAUGUAGUGAAGGAACAGUCUCCAACUGAUAACACUCAACUUCCAAUCGUAAUUAGCUCCAAAAGGAAACACAGGGAUAGAUGUAGCCAGUAUGAAAAUGUAGAUUCCAACUGGAAGGCCCUAUUUCAGACAUUACCAAGAAAUGAAAAUAUUGUUGCCAAAUUUCAUAAAAGAAAAAAGGUAAAAAUACAAAAGACAGACAAGAAAAGUGUCUGGAAACAUGAAAAGGAAGAUGAUACAGAAGAUAUUUGGUUUGAUGAUGUAGAUCCAUCUUUACUAGAAUCUUGCGACAUUGUGGAUCAACAGAAAUCACCAGUUGCUCUUGUAGAUGAUGACGGUGAUGACCGACUUACAAGGCAUGUUGCUCUAGAUUGUGAGAUGGUUGGCAUUGGUUAUAAAGGGCAGGACAGUGUUCUAGCUAGAGUUUCAAUCGUUAAUGAAUUUGGAAAAUGUGUAUAUGAUAAAUAUGUCAAAGCAAGGGAAAGGGUGACUGACUUUAGAACUCCUGUGAGUGGGAUAAAACCUCAUCACAUCAAAUCUGGAGAAGAUUUCAAAAAUGUGCAGAAGGAGGUAGCAGAUAUCUUAAAAGACAGAAUUAUUAUUGGACAUGCACUAUCAAAUGAUCUUAAGGUAUUAUUUCUAGGUCAUCCAAAGAAGAACAUACGAGACACUUCUGAGUAUAAACCAUUUCGAAGAUUAAACAAGGGCUCUAAACCCAGCUUGAAAACGCUUGCUAAGCUUAUCCUAAACAUAAAUAUACAAGGUGGUGAACAUGAUUCAGUUGAAGAUGCCCGUGUUGCUAUGAGGCUGUACAUGUUACACAAGAAAGAAUGGGAAAAAUCAAGGAAAUUAAAAUCGAAAGGAUUACUAAAUCACCAAACAAAAUUGCACCAUAACAAAGACUCAACAAUUACCAAAAAUGAGAAAAGGAGAAAGAUUAAAUUGUUCAGACUCAAAAAUGCACAGAAAAAGCGUAGAUAAAGUAUAAUUGCUAUAAAGCUUUGUUAAAUUUAGGUAUGAAGUAUGUAUUCAUGUGAAUUAUUUUCACUUUCUGAGGAAAAAAUGAACAUGCAAGUGUUUUUAACAACUUUAAAAAAAAAUUCUUAUUUUAAGACAUUAAAAAGAUGACAAAAGAAAUUGUAAUUCCAAAUUAAAGGAAGUAUUAUCCUA